AUGGAGAAGCCUAUUUACAGGCCUGUGCUCAAAAUGUGCAAAAUUAGUUACUUGAAGGCUGCCUGGAGCCUGAAAACACGAGCUUUGACAGAAAUGGUCUAUGUGGACGAAAUCGAUAUGGAUGAAGAAGGAAUCGCAGAGAUGAUACUAGAUGAAAAUGCCAUUGCUCAAGUUGCACGACCAGGAACAUCUUUGAAACUCCCUGGAACUAGCCAAGGUGGAGGCCCGAGCCCAGCUGUCAGGCCAGUAACUCAGUCAGGAAGACCUAUUACAGGAUUUGUGAGACCCAGCACACAAGGUGGACGGCCAAGUACUAUGGAACAGGCUAUGAAAACACCUCGAACAGCUCUCACAGCUCGGCCAAUUACUAGUGCUUCUGGGAGAUACAUCAGGCUGGGAACGGCUUCAAUGAUAACAAAUCCAGAUGGCCCUUUCAUAAAUCUGUCUCGACUGAAUUUAUCAAAAUAUGCUCAAAAACCGAAACUGGCAAAGGCAUUGUUCGAGUAUAUUUUUCACCAUGAAAAUGACGUAAAAAAUGCACUAGAUUUGGCAGCCCUUGCAACUGAGCAUGCACAAUUCAAGGACUGGUGGUGGAAAGUCCAAAUUGGGAAGUGCUACUAUAGGUUAGGAUUAUAUCGUGAAGCUGAAAAACAAUAUAAGUCAGCUCUCAAGCAACAGGACAUGGUUGAUACUAUCUUGUACUUGGCAAAAGUGUAUUUGCGCUUGGAUCAGCCUCUAACAGCUUUGAACCUUUUCAAGCAAGGGUUAGAUCGAUUUCCUGGAGAAGUGACUCUGAUUUGUGGAAUUGCCAGAAUCUACGAGGAAAUGAAUAACAUCUCCUCAGCUGCAGAUUACUAUAAAGAUGUCUUAAAACAAGACAACACUCACGUGGAAGCCAUUGCAUGCAUUGGCAGCAACCACUUCUAUUCAGACCAGCCUGAGAUAGCUCUGCGGUUUUAUAGACGGCUCCUGCAGAUGGGUGUUUAUAACUGCCAGCUUUUUAACAAUCUAGGCCUCUGUUGCUUCUAUGCCCAGCAAUAUGAUAUGACACUAUCUUCAUUUGAACGUGCACUGUUUUUGGCUGAAAAUGAAGAGGAGACAGCAGAUGUGUGGUACAACCUGGGACACGUAGCUGUGGGGAUAGGAGACCUGAAUCUGGCUUACCAGUGUUUCAAGCUAACAUUAGUCAACAAUAACAACUAUGCAGAAGCUUAUAACAACUUGGCUGUGCUGGAAAUGCGAAAAGGUCGCGUUGAACAGGCAAGAGUUUUGCUGCAGACUGCUUCAUCUUUAGCUCCUCAUUUGUAUGAACCCCAUUACAAUUUUGCAAUACUCUCAGAGAAGGUUGGAGAUCUUCAGAGGAGUUUCACAGCAGCUCAGAAGUCAGAAGAAGCAUUUCCAGGCCAUGUUGAUACCAAACAGCUCAUUAAACAGUUAAAACAGCACUUUACUAUGCUCUAAUGAGCAUAUUUUAGAUUAUGUAAGAAUAGUUAGCCAGAGCAAAUGUCACACACAUCUUUUUGAAAUAUUAGCU